AUGACCAACUCAACAUCACAGCCCUGGAACGCCAGCCAAGCUGGUCCACGACCCUCACAGAAUAGCGGACCCCUUACCAACCGCCAAUCCAAUGCUACCCUCAACCUCACGAUCAAGGCAGUGAGCUCAAAAUCCCCCUUCCCCUCCCCCAAAAACCCGCAAACACAACCCUCUCUAAACCAGCUCCCCCAACCCCCUCCAGCACACAUAUACAUCCACAUCUCCCCCUCCGCAAACCCAAAUAGCGCGCCCUACGCCUCCAUUGACAUGAUCCCACCCAUCGUCGCCUCCGGCGCCCUCCUCUCCCCACCAGCCGACACCGCUUCCAGCACCCAGCCGGAGUCAAACACCAUCCCUGCUCCCGACCCCGAAACCGAAACCGCAACUGAAACCCAGCGUGCGCGCUCCAGUCGCGUUUAUUACGGCAGCACUCGCCGUUCUGACGAUACUCGACAGCCGUUCCGGCGUUCAAGUGCCCAUGAUGUUGAUGCUGAGCGCCCACGGCGCACCAACAGAGAUACUGCCCGUGGUAGUAGGAAUAGAUCGUCGACAAGGACCGAUGUCCAUACCAGUUCUGACAGCGAAAGUGAUGUUAUUGAAAUGUGCCGCAUGUGCCAUGUGGAAGCAGCUAUUUGUCAGCAUCCAAUGGUUGCGAGAGGACGGAGAUUAUGCGAAAUUUGUUUCCAUACUAUGAUUCCUACGGAGACACAUGGGAACAAUGCUUCGUGA